AUGCCUAUGAAAGGAAAAUUGGAUCGGAUACUUUUUGGUCUAGAAAUGCUCUAUAGUAGUGAAUGUUUCUUAAAAUCAGUUUCUGCCUUCGCUCCAGUAGCAAAUCCUAUAAAUUGUCCUUGGGGACAGAAGGCAUUCACAAAUUAUCUAGGUGACAAUAAAUCUGAUUGGGAGGAGUAUGAUGCCACUUGUUUGGUAACGAAGUUUCCCAAUGUCUCUUCCACCAUUUUGAUUGAUCAGGGGGAAGAUGACAAAUUUUUGCCUGAUCAACUGCUGCCUCACAAGUUUGAAGAAGCUUGCAAAAAAGCCAAUGUCCCCCUACUGUUACGUUUCCAACCUGGUUAUGACCACGGUUACUAUUUUAUAGCCACUUUCAUUGAUGAUCACAUCCGGCAUCAUGCUCAAGCUCUUAGGCUUAAUUAA